CGCUGGCUCUCGCCUUGAAUAUAAAAUCUUCCCUAAUAAGCCUCCUCAGUCCCCACUUUCACUUCCUAGAUCUGUUUUUCCCUCUCCCAAUUUUCUUGAAUUUUCCUUCCUAUUUUCCCUCUUCUCCAAAACCAAAAAAAGAGCAAAAAUGCGUGAAAUCCUUCAUAUUCAAGGAGGGCAAUGCGGCAACCAAAUCGGAGCCAAGUUCUGGGAAGUUGUGUGUACAGAGCACGGCAUAGAUCCAACCGGACGUUACCAGGGAGACUUGGAUCUACAGCUUGAGAGGAUCAAUGUCUACUACAAUGAAGCCAGUUGUGGCAGGUUCGUCCCUCGUGCCGUUCUCAUGGACCUUGAACCUGGAACCAUGGACAGCAUCAGAUCUGGUCCUGUUGGCCAGAUUUUCAGACCGGACAACUUCGUCUUUGGUCAGUCCGGUGCUGGUAACAACUGGGCUAAAGGUCAUUACACUGAGGGUGCUGAGUUGAUCGAUUCUGUGCUUGACGUUGUCAGAAAAGAGGCCGAAAAUUGCGAUUGUCUUCAAGGGUUUCAGGUUUGUCAUUCAUUGGGAGGAGGAACUGGAUCUGGAAUGGGAACACUUCUGAUAUCGAAGAUAAGGGAGGAAUACCCAGAUAGGAUGAUGUUGACUUUCUCCGUUUUCCCAUCUCCUAAGGUCUCUGAUACAGUCGUGGAGCCUUACAAUGCUACUUUGUCUGUUCACCAGUUGGUUGAAAAUGCUGAUGAGUGUAUGGUUCUUGACAAUGAAGCCUUGUAUGACAUUUGUUUCCGGACGCUUAAGCUCACUACUCCCAGCUUUGGUGAUCUAAAUCACUUGAUCUCUGCAACAAUGUCUGGAGUUACAUGCUGCUUACGAUUCCCUGGUCAGCUGAACUCUGAUCUUAGGAAACUUGCUGUGAAUCUUAUCCCAUUUCCUCGCCUACACUUUUUCAUGGUGGGUUUUGCUCCUCUCACCUCAAGAGGAUCCCAACAGUACCGAGCUCUAACAGUUCCUGAGCUCACUCAACAAAUGUGGGAUGCAAAGAACAUGAUGUGUGCAGCUGAUCCACGACAUGGCCGUUACUUGACUGCAUCAGCUAUGUUCCGUGGUAAAAUGAGCACCAAGGAAGUGGACGAGCAGAUGUUGAAUGUUCAGAACAAGAAUUCCUCCUACUUUGUUGAGUGGAUCCCCAACAAUGUGAAGUCAACAGUUUGUGACAUCCCGCCCACUGGCCUCAAGAUGGCAUCAACAUUCAUUGGCAAUUCAACAUCCAUUCAGGAGAUGUUUAGGCGAGUGAGUGAGCAGUUCACAGCUAUGUUUAGGAGGAAGGCCUUCUUGCAUUGGUACACAGGAGAAGGUAUGGAUGAGAUGGAGUUUACUGAGGCAGAGAGCAACAUGAAUGAUCUGGUCUCCGAGUAUCAGCAGUACCAAGAUGCAACAGCUGAUGAGGACGAGUUUGAGGAAGAGGAACCAGAAUAUGAGGACUAAAAUCUUAUUUAUCUGUCGCCAUUUUGGCUUAUUCAAAACCUCAACUUCCAGUUGCUGGUUCAUUUGGAAUGUGAAAGAAUUUAGUCAUUAUGCUCUGUAACUGUUUUUGCAUUGAUGAAGUUUCAAUUUCGUUGAGAACUUUGUAGUAGCAUUUCCUGAGUUCUUCAAUUACUUGCUUGCUGUGCUCUUUCAGCAAAGCGUGCAGAAGAAAAACUAUGUACCCUUUCUUCUUAAGUUUCUAAAUAAACUGUUUUGUUGCAAUUGUUCUUUGUUGAA